AUCACAGAGCACGCGGUAGAUCCUCUCUGAGUGCAUAUAUAGGAGGAGGGCGGCCGGUAUUACAGACUCACAUACAUUUCCUUUCCUCUCAGUUUGUUAGAAAAACUUCAUAGCUUUGUGAACUGAACAUGUCCGGCAGAGGCAAACAAGGCGGCAAGACCCGGGCUAAGACCAAGACUCGCUCAUCCCGGGCCGGUCUCCAGUUCCCAGUCGGUCGCGUUCACCGUCUGCUGAGGAAAGGAAACUAUGCUGAGCGAGUGGGAGCCGGUGCCCCGGUGUACCUGGCCGCGGUGCUGGAGUACCUGACGGCUGAGAUCCUGGAGCUCGCAGGAAACGCCGCCCGCGACAACAAGAAGACCCGCAUCAUCCCCCGCCACCUGCAGCUGGCUGUGCGCAACGACGAAGAGCUCAACAAGCUGCUCGGUGGGGUGACCAUCGCCCAGGGAGGCGUUCUGCCCAACAUCCAGGCCGUGCUGCUGCCCAAGAAGACCGAGAGCCACAAACCAGCCAAGAGCAAGUAAUGUGAGGCUUGCAGCUUCCACCACAGAACUGAUGUACCUGACACACAACAAAGGCUCUUUUCAGAGCCACCCA